GGAAACAUGCGGCGGAGAGAGGAGCAGCUCGUAGCUUUGUCACUGUCAGUCGCGGACGUCUGCUGAAGGAACCCCGAGCGUAACUCGCGCAGCCCAUUAGGCGCGUUUCAUGGAGAUCUAUAGAUGACAAGACCUGCACGCUGCGGGUCGCUCUCUGCAUCUACUGGCAUCUCUGUUGCGGAACAUGGCGAGAGGGAUGAGAGGAGCUCAUCUCCUCGCUGCGUUUUUUACCUUUUCACUUGCAAUUUUCAGGCGCGCAGACGGACAAGGAACUUUUAACGACUUAACGGGUUUCAGUUUGAGCCCUCCGUAUUUCAACCUCGCCGAGGGGUCCAGAAUCUCUGCCACAGCAACCUGCGGUCAGGAUGAGGCUGGGACACCGAGAUAUGAGUUAUACUGUAAGCUUGUCGGAGGACCGACCGGAGUUCUUACUCAGAAUAUACAGGGUCAGUAUUGUGACUACUGCAACUCCAUUGACCCAAACAAAGCCCACCCGGUGACCAACGCCAUCGACGGGACAGAGCGGUGGUGGCAGAGCCCUCCUCUCUCCAGGGGACUGGGCUACAACGAGGUGAAUAUUACCCUGGAUCUUGGGCAGCUCUUCCAUGUGGCGUACGUGCUCAUCAAGUUUGCUAAUUCACCUCGUCCUGACCUCUGGGUGCUGGAGCGCUCCGUAGACAACGGGAGAACUUUCAUCCCCUGGCAGUAUUUUGCACAUUCAAAGCGUGAGUGCCUUGAAAAGUUUGGAAAGCAGCCCAAUGCUCGUAUAUUCAAUGACAACGACCAGCUCUGCACCACAGAAUACUCGCGGAUCGUCCCGUUGGAGAACGGAGAGAUUGUGGUGUCUCUGGUCAAUGGUCGGCCGGGGUCCAAAAACUUCACCUACUCUCCACUGCUGCGAGACUUCACGAAGGCCACCAACAUCCGCCUGCGCUUCCUCCGCACCAGCACCCUGCUGGGCCACCUGAUCUCCAAGGCCCAGAGAGAUCCCACCGUCACACGCAGGUAUUACUAUAGUAUCAAAGACAUCAGCAUCGGUGGACGCUGCGUUUGUCAUGGGCAUGCACAAGUGUGUGGUGGGGGGCGUAACCAGGACAACCCAAACAGACUCCAGUGCGAGUGCCAACACAACACCUGUGGUGAGUCAUGUGACCGCUGCUGCCCGGGCUUUAACCAGAAGCCAUGGCGUGCCGCAACUGUUGACAGCCCCAAUGAGUGUCGACCCUGCCAGUGUUUCUCCCAUGCAUCCGACUGUUAUUACGACCCAGAGGUGGAAAGGAGGGGAGCAAGUUUAGACACCUUCGGCAGGUACGACGGAGGAGGCGUGUGCAUCAACUGCCAGCACAACACUGCUGGAGUGAACUGUGAGCGAUGCCUUGAGGGUUUUUACAGACCUUUCGGAGUACCUCCGGAGUCUCCCACUGGAUGCAUACCCUGCAGGUGUGAUGAAAGGACUACAGCCGGAUGUGAAAUGGGGUCUGGAAGGUGUCUCUGCAAGCCACAAUUUACUGGAGAAAACUGUGAUCGCUGUGCUGACGGAUACUAUUACUACCCUCAGUGCAUUCGGUACCCCGUGUACCAGACGACCACCAGAUCCCCUGCAGGACCUAUUUUGGGGCCCACUGCCUGCCCUCCGGGUUAUUUUGGCUCACCAAGCUGUCAGCAGUGUGUAUGCGACUACAGAGGGACGGCAUACGGGGUGUGUGAUGCUUCAGGACGCUGCCUGUGCCGUCAGGGUGUGGAGGGGGAGCGAUGCGACCGCUGUCGACCAGGAUACCACUCCUUCCCAAACUGCCAGGUGUGUCGCUGUGAUGGUGCUGGUGUGGCUGACAGAGUGUGCAGUCCAAGUGGCCAGUGUGUUUGCUUUCCCAACUAUGGGGGAGAGAAGUGUGACGAAUGUGCACCCGGCAACUAUGGAUACCCAGACUGUGCUGCUUGCCAGUGUUCACAGGAAGGCUCAUAUGGCAACACAUGCAACCCACAGUCGGGUCAGUGCCUGUGUCUCCCAGGGGUGGUGGGCCAGCGGUGUGACCGCUGUGCCUCUGGACUCAGGUUCCCCCAGUGCUCAGCCUCCAUCAGUGCGUGUAACCGAGCAGGAACUGAGGUCGCUGAUCCUCAAACGGGCUCCUGCCGCUGCCUACCAAACGUAGAGGGAACCCUGUGUGACAGGUGUAAACCCCUCUACUGGAAUCUGGCUGCAGACAACCCUCGUGGGUGUAUAGAGUGUCAGUGUGAUGUGAAAGGAACCCUGAGUGGUGUUGGAGAGUGUGAACAGAAAAGUGGACAUUGUCACUGUAAGCCUAAUGCAUGUGGACAUGCAUGCGACACCUGUAAGGAUGGAUACUUCCUGCUGCAGAAAAAGAUGUAUUUUGGCUGUCAAGGUUGUCAGUGUGAUGUAGGUGGCGCCAUUAGCACGACGUGCGAUGUGAUGUCCGGACAGUGUCGGUGUCGGAAGAACGUAGUCGGCCGUAAAUGCACUGAGCCGGCACCAAGCCACUAUUUUCCGACACUCCACCAACUGAAGUUUGAGAUUGAGGAUGGCACCACGCCAAAUGCCAGACCAGUGCGCUUUGGUUAUAACCCCAGAGAGUUCCCAGAUUUCAGCUGGAGAGGUUAUGCCAUAAUGUCUCCUGCACAGAGUGAGGUCAAAGUAACAGUGCAUGUUGACCCAAAAGACGGGAGGCAGCACUUAUUCCGUGUGGUUCUGCGGUUCACUAACCCGAGCAGCACCAGUGUGUCAGGUAGCAUCAAGGCUACCAAUAACAGAGGCACUGAAGGGUCAGACCAGAGCAAGGAAAUAAUAUUCCCUGACAGUCCCUCCCCAUCGUUCCUCACUGUCCCAGGAGACGGCUUCGCUGAGCCCUUUGCAUUGACCCCUGGGAAAUGGAUUAUUCACAUAAAGGCAGAGGGGGUUCUGCUGGACUAUUUAGUGCUGCUGCCCCGGGAUUACUAUGAGGCACCUUUGCUGCAGGAAAAGAUCACCCAGCCCUGCACAUACUUACCCACUGCAAACAGGGACACAAACUGUCUGUUGUAUAAGCAUGUGGCCAUGGAUGGCUUUAGCUCUGCACUGGGCUCACAAGGAAAGCUCUCCAGCCGUAGCGGGCGCAGGAGGAGGCAGGCUCGUGUGCAGCGUCCCACCCCAGAUCACCCUGAGAUGGCCGCUCUCAAUGGCAGACAGUCGCAGCUCCAGCUCAGUCUUCGUGUGCCUCGUCCAGGCCCAUAUGUCCUUGUCCUGGAGUAUGCCAGCGAGGUGGACACUGUCCAGAACGUCAACAUACUCAUCAGUGGCCAGCCAGGUGGCAACAUCCCAGCCAGGGCCAACAUUUACAGUUGUGCCUACAGCUUUUUGUGCCGGAGUGUGACCGUGGACAGUAAUAAUCGUGUGACAGUAUUGCAGCUUUCUCAUAGGACGGACAUCCUUCUGCAAACUUCCACUUCGUCAUUCCUGCUGUAUAAAGUGUAUGCAGUCCCUGCAGAAGAGUUCUCCAUUGAGUAUGUAAAUCCCAAGGUGCUUUGUGUCUCCACUCACGGCCGCUUCACUGAAGACAGUCGGCACUGCGUUCAGAGGCAGUUCGACAAGCCAACCUCAGCCUGGAUCCUGUAUGCCGGCCGAGAUGGACAGCUAUCUUUGGCACCAGCUGUUUCUCCCCAACGAGGAGAGAAUGAGAAUUGGAGAAGGAGACGACAGACCGGGGUGUUCCCUGUCCACGAACCUCAGAGUGAUGGGAUACUGCUUAAAUACCCUCAGACGGAGAUCAGUUUCACGCCCAAGGCACCCCUCUCUGGCAGGUAUGUGGUUGUGGUCCAUUAUCGCCAACCCGAACACACCUCCUUCCCCGUGGAGGUCCGAGUGAACGCAGGGCGUGAGUGGAAGGGUUCAAUAAAUGCAUCCUUCUGCCCAGCAGUUUCAGGCUGCAGGGAGGUUGUGAUCACCGAUGGACGCAUUGCCCUUGACUUUGACCAGAAUUCUUGGCAGCUGCCCACCAUCUCUGUGAUGGUGCCACCUAGGAAGACACUUUUUCUGGAUUACGUCUUGCUGGUUCCAGAUAGCAGUUACACCGCUGAUCUCCUGAAAGAGAAUCCGCUGGAUAAAUCUGCAGAUUUCAUACAGCGAUGUAGAGGAGAAGGUUUCUAUAUUGACCCCAGAACUUCUUCCCAGUUCUGCAGAGACUCUGCCCGCUCUCUUGCAGCAGCCUAUAAUGACGGAGCUCUGCCUUGCAACUGUGAUAAUUCUGGCUCCACAGGAACCACUUGUGAUCCGAAUGGAGGACAGUGUCCCUGCAGGCAGCACAUCAUCGGUCGACAGUGCACAAAGUGUGCGACGGGAUACUACGGCUUCCCCUACUGCAGACCGUGUGAGUGUGGCCGCCGACUGUGUGACGAGGUGACAGGACGCUGUAUCUGCCCCCCUCAGACGGUCAAACCAGCCUGUGAUGUGUGUCAGAGUCAGACUUUCAGCUAUCACCCUUUGCUGGGCUGCGAGGGCUGUGAAUGCUCUCCAAAUGGCAUCAAAGCCAACACAGGGCCUGAGUGUGACCGCGUCACCGGACAGUGCAUUUGCAAGCCUGGGAUUGGAGGCCGGCAGUGCAACCGUUGCGCUGCAGGUUAUUAUCGCUUCCCUGACUGUCUGCCUUGCAACUGUAACCGAAGUGGUGUCACACCUGACGUGUGCCACCCAGACACGGGGAGGUGUCUCUGCAAGAGAAAUGUUGCUGGAGUCAAGUGUGAUACCUGCUGGGAAGGUUCCUUCUUUUUUGACCCCUUCAACCCUCACGGCUGCACCAGCUGCUUCUGCUUCGGAGCGACUGACCGGUGUCAGAGCUCCAGUAAACGCAGGGGGAAGUUUGUUGACAUGCAGGCCUGGCGUUUGGAAAGCCCUGACCGGGAGGCGGUUUCCUCUGUGCUGAACACAGCCAGCAACACAGUGGUGGCAGACAUCCAGGAGCUGCCUCCCACGGUCCAGACUCUACACUGGGUGGCACCAACGUCCUACCUGGGAAACAGGGUCUCAUCUUAUGGUGGUUUCCUCACCUACCAGUCCAAAUCUUUUGGGAUUCCCAGUGAGGGGAUGACUCUCAUGGACAGAAGACCUGAUGUUGUGCUGACUGGCCAGGAUAUGACCCUGAUCCACAUGGCUCCACAAGUCCCACUUCCAGACAGGCUGUAUCAGGGCAGAGUCCAGCUCCUGGAGGGAAACUGGCGCCAUGCUGUCACCAACAAGCCUGUCUCCAGAGAGGAGUUGAUGAUGGUCCUAGCUGGCCUGGUUGGUCUGAGGAUCCGAGGCUUGUACUUUACUCAGAGCCAGCGACUCAGCUUAGGCGAGGUGGGCCUGGAGGGGGCGACUAGCACAGGGACUGGUGGUCCUGGAAACACUGUGGAAGAUUGCUCCUGCCCCCCUCAGUACACCGGAGACUCCUGUGAGAAAUGUUCUCCUGGUUACUACAGAGAUGGCAGUGGGCCUUUCCUGGGCCGCUGUGUGCCCUGUGAGUGCAACGGUCUGGCUGAUGAGUGUGAAGAGAAGACCGGAAGGUGUCUGAACUGUCAGCAGAACACAGCUGGGGACCGAUGUGAACGCUGCAAAGAAGGUUACUAUGGAAGCGCGGCUCAGAGGACAUGCAGAGUUUGCCCGUGCCCGUUCAGCGUGCCCACAAACAGUUUUGCAGUAGGUUGCAGAGAGGUCUUUGGAGACUUCCAGUGUAUAUGCAGAGCGGGCUACACAGGGGACAAGUGUGAGAGCUGUGCUCCUGGUUACUAUGGUGAACCACUGACGCCAGGAGGACGUUGCCAGCCCUGUAAUUGCAAUGGCAAUCGCAACAACUGUGAUCCCAAGACUGGAGUUUGCAAGAACUCACUGGAGCCAGGAGACACGAACACCGAUGAGCAGUGCCAAGAGUGUGACAGUUGUGCCCAGACUUUAAUAAGCGAGCUGGAGAAGCUGGAUGAUGAGCUGGGAAGGAUCAAAUCUCAGAUGGACAACGCCACUGCCAGCACCUCCUCCCAGGAUAGGCUGAAGAAGCUGGAGAAGGCCGUGUCAGACACCAAGAUUCUCGUCAACAAAUUCAGCUCUGCCAUCAACACCCAAAAGUCCAGAGUCAACCAGCUGGAGGAGGACACACUCAAUCUCUCAGAUGACGUCAGCUCCCUCAGAGACAAGGCGGAUAAAAAGGCUGCCGAAGCUGACAAGGCUGUGGCAGAUGUUGGAAAAACCCACAAGAGGGCCAAAGAUCUGGACUCAGAGAUUCGAACCACUCUCAAGAAAAUCCAAGCUCUGCUGGACCAACUGAAGAACGCGAGCACUAGUGAUAGCGUGUUGCCCAGUGAAAACCUGGCUAAAAUGCUGGAGGAUGCUCAGCGCAUGGUGAAGGAGAUGGCGAACAGGAACUUCACCUCUCAGAAGACAGCUGCUGAGAAAGAGAGAGACGAGGCCAAGAAAUUGCUGGACUACAUCAAGGCUAAUGUAAGUAAGCAGUGUGACCAGAACGAGGCUGCAGCAGAGAGGCUUCGGGGCCUUUUGAAGGGGUACGAGGCCAAGCUGAAGGACCUGGACGAGGCUCUGAAGGAGGCGAUGGACUCUGUGAAAAAAGCCAACACCCAGAACGGACUGAAUGCUCAGGCAAUGGGAGAUCUGCAGAAACGCAUCGAAGACUUAAAAAAGGAGCGCAAGAUUGUUGAGGACCAAGUGACCAUGGCAGGAGAUGAGCUAAAGAAAGCAAAGGAUUUGGCCAAAAUGCUAUCCAACAGCAAAGCGGAGUACGAACAGCUGGCAGCACAGCUGGAUGGUGCCAAGACUGACUUGACCAAGAAGGUGAACGAGAUUUCCAAGGCGGCAGCCAAGGAGGGCAUUGUGGAGGCUGCAGAGCAACACGCUAAGAACCUCAGCAAGCUGGCAAAGGAACUUGAGGAUGCUGUGAAGAACGCAAGUGGCCGCUCUGAAGUGCGCAACGCCAGAGACGCUAUUGAUGCCUAUAAGAACAUCACAGAUGCAAUCAAUGCUGCUGAGGCUGCAGCCAAAGAGGCCGAACGUGCAGCAGACAACGCCUUGAACAAUGUAAACAACCAGAAGCUGACAGAGAGAGCAAAAGACCUGAAAAAGACCGGUAAUGAUCUACUGCAGGAUGCAAAGAAGGCAGAUAAAGACCUUAAAGACGCUGCUGCUGACCUUACUAACCUGACGAAGCGUCUGGAGAACGCUGACAAGAAGAAGAAAGAUCUUCAGAAAGACCUGCUUGAUGCACAGAACCAAUUAAAUGGCAUCAAGAGAGAUGACAUCGGUGGUAUGAUCGACGAAGCCAAGAGGAAGGCGGCUGCGGCCAAUGGCACGGCCAAAGACACUAUGGACAAACUGAAUGCCAUCAAAAAGGACAUUGACAAGAUCAGUGUCACUCCUGUGGACUCCAACCUGAGCAAAAUGUUGAAUGAUGUGGACCAGACGGUGAAAAACUUGCUUAAAACCAUCCCAUCUCUGAAUGAUAAGAUCUCAGAGGUGAACAACCUGACCUCGCAGUUCUCCCCCAAAAGCAACAUAACUGAGAACAUCAAGAAGAUCAAAGAGCUCAUUGAACAAGCCCGGGAUGCAGCCAACAGGAUCGUGAUCCCAAUGAAGUUCACAGGCGAUGGCCACGUGGAGCUGCGUCCGCCAAAGAAUCUGGAGGAUCUGAAGGCCUACACAGCCCUGUCCCUGUCGCUGCAGAGACCUGAAGGCAGAGGAGACGGAAGCCGCCGACGCCGACAGGCCAGAGACAACGGAGACAUGUUCGUGUUAUACCUCGGCAACAGAGAUUCCUCUAAGAACUACAUAGGUAUGGUCCUGAGGAACAACGUGCUGUACGGUGUGUACAAGCUCAACGGAGUCGAGUACGAGAUGAAAACGGGUUUCAUCACCAAGUCUGUGUCUGAGCCGGCCAAGUUCGAUAGAGUGGACCUACGCAGAAUUUAUCAAGAUGCAGAGCUGGUCCUCACCAAAGAUAUCACCUCAAACACACCUGGUGCCCCAAUUACGAGCAGUAAUAAAGGAGAGGAGAGCAAGAACCUGCUGGAUCUCACUCCCAGUGACAUUGUUUUCUAUGUUGGAGGCUACCCCGCCACCUUCACUCCGCCAGCUUCUCUCAAGUACCCCAUGUACAAGGGCUGCAUUGAGUUCUCCUCUUUUAACGACAAAGUCGUCAGUCUCUAUAACUUCCAAAAGGUAGAGAAGGUCAAUACGGAGACUCCAUGCAAGAGAUAUGUACCUCCAAUGGAUUCUGACUACUAUGAAGGCACUGGAUAUGGCAAAGUGGUUAUGGGUAAAAACUAUAAUGUCCUCGUCGUCGGCAUGACCAUCUAUACUCGCUCAGAAAACGGUCUGCUCUUCUUCAUAGGAAUUGAGGACAAUUACUUCACCGUGACGAUAGAGAAGGGCACCAUUUUCCUACGCGGUAAUUUGCUCAAAGCACCAGUCAAACAUGACAAGAAAUUAUUCCCGAUGCAGGACUGGGCAGACAUCCUCAUCAUUAGUUCAGCCCAGGGAAAACUCACUGUCCGGGUGAGCAACAUCGAUGUGGUCACAGCCCAAGCCGACUACAAAAACAACAAAUUUCUAGAAUACUAUGUUGGUGGUGCCCCACAAGAAUUGAGGGAGAAGUAUAGCAUCACCAUGCAGCCAUUCAAAGGAUGCUUGAAGAAUCUGAAGCUGAAUCAAAACUUUAGACCUCUUGCUGAGCAUGUGGGCAUCAGCAAAGGUUGCCCCAAGGAUUCCCUGGCUACUCGUAAAGCAGAGCUCAACUUGGGAGGCUCCCUGUCAGCUGACCUCAAGGGCUUUAGUCUGGCUAAUAACGUUACUGUUUCCCUCGGAUUCAAGAGCACAGAGAAUCAGGGUCUCAUUCUGCAGGACAAACACCUGGCUAAUGGGAUGAAUCUCGUGUUGGAAAAUGGCUAUGUCAUUCUCAACUUCGACAACAAGAUCUGGAAAUCAAACAAACAAUAUCACGAUAACAAGUGGCAUUAUUUGACUGUAACCAGAAGAAGUGGAAGGAUUGAGCUGGUUAUUGAUGAUGAAGACAAGGGUCAGGAGCAGAGUGGCAGCACUUCCAUAUCUGACACAGGUGGCGUCUUGUUCCUGGGUAAAGAGAAGUUCAAAGGCUGCAUUUCCAACCUCUACACAAGACGGCCAGACAACCUGUACAAAGCUGAGGACUUCAGCACCUUCCAGACAUCUGGAGACGUCUUGCUGGAUGUGUGUACUGCUGACAGUCCCGCUCAACUGAUGCUGGACCGCAUCUCUAACAAGGAUGGUGUGAGGCAGGUGAUUAAUGAGAGUCUAUCAGCGUGUGCACUACCAGCCCUGGUUCAACAUGCUUACCGUAUGGGCCCUGUUAGCAGCCUGAGCUACAGCCUUCCACUACAGGUCCUGCAGCCCAGGCCCCACUUCUCUCUGGAUAUCAGGACCCGAGCUCCCGAGGGCCUGCUGUUCUUUGCUGCUACCAGAGGAGGGCGCACUCAUCUCGCUUUAUACAUAUCCAAAGGCAGGAUCAGACUGUCUGUGGGCAGAGAGAAGGAGAUACUCAACCGGGAGAAGUACAAUGAUGGAAAGUGGCACUCGGUCAUAUUCAGUUUGGAGAAAAAGAAGUUUCGAUUGGUUGUGGAUGGGAUCAGAGCCCAGGAUGGUCAGCUGACAAAUGCUGAACUGAUGUCCAUGCAGUACUUUGUGUCACCUGUGUACCUGGGCAGUGCUCCUGUGUCCCUUCACAAGGAGUUGAAGUUGAAGGCCCUUCCAAAGCAAAGUGUGACCGGCUGUAUCCGCAAUUUUAAAAUGAACGGAGCACCGAUGUUAAAUCCAACCACAAACCAUGGUGCUGGCCCCUGCUUCGAGGGACAGACACAGAGAGGGGCUUAUUUCUCAGGGGAUGGGGCACAUGUCAUCAUCAAUGACUCCUUUGUUGUUGGCCCCAGCUUUGAGCUGCUGUUUAAUAUUCGUCCACGGAGUCCAACUGGGCUCCUGCUACACGUCGGUAAUUCCAGCGGUGCCCAGCAUGGACCUGGGAUUGGCCACUAUCUCACCGUCUACAUGCUCAGAGGAGAGGUUGUGGUACAAGUGAACAACGGACAAGGGGACUUCAUGGUGUCGGUGGAGCCAAAAGCUUCUUUAUGUGAUGGAAUGUUUCAUAAAAUUUCAGUAAUCAAGAGGAAAAAUGUUGUGCAACUGCAUGUGGACACAAUAGACAAAUACAAGAUUGGACCGCCAACAUCCACUAUAACUUUGACCAAAGACUCCUUGUAUGUGGGUGGCAUUCCUGCGAUGUCACUGCCACAGAUGCUCCCUGUCACAUCGUCCUUCGUCGGAUGCAUCCAGGACAUGAGGAUCAACAGCGACUCGGUCUCUUUCGACAGGUUGCCCGGCGUGUUCGGCCCGGUCAACCUCAAAGAGUGUCCAGGCUGAACGAGCGCAUCUUACUGCAUCAUCAUGUAACAAUCCUUGGGACCAUGUCCACCGCCAACCAUGUGCAAUCUGUUACCAAGACAGAGAAUGUGUGUAAGACUGUGUAUACUAUGAGGUGUGUGUUUCAGUGUGAGUGUGUGUGUGUGUGUGUGUACGUGUGAGUCUGUGUGUGAAAUAGAGGUAUGAGCAGCAUCUUACAGGUUCAUAAUAUUUGCUGCUCGGUUCUACAUUUCUGUAUUUAUUUUGUGAUAAAAUCAUGUUUCACGGCACCAGUUCACAAAUGUAUAUUCUAACAGAUGUUUUACACUCGGAUGCAUUGGUCCAUGCAUUUUCUGUCAACAUUCAAAUGCUGCUGAAUAUGCUUGUGAUUGGUCAGGGCUGCAGUAUGAGCAACCCAGCACUUUAAGAAAACAAAUGGCGCCUUUUGUGAUGGUGCUUUAAUGGAGAUCAACAUUAUUAGUUGAUUUUGUUGUUUGUUUGUUUGUUGGACUCAAAAGCUUAUACUAGAAUAAUUACGUUUACACCCACGGUGCUCAGUUCAGUGACAUUUCAGGGGUCUCCUGGCUAUUUGAUAUUCAUAUCCACAUAACAGCAUGUAGGAUACUGGAUUUUAACUGGUUUAAUAGAGAUGGAGUCUUCACACAUGCAAUGAAAUCACAUGGUUUUUCUCAUUUUGUAUUACUGUUCUGAAUCCAUUUUCCAUGUUGCAUUCCUUUUUCAUGCAUGAAGACGUUCUGUGUGGCUGUAACACCAGUUACACCAGAAAACAGCAUGCACUGAAUUUUGUGGAGCAUUGUCUAGGAGCUGAAAAACAAGUAUAGAUUCCAUUAGCAUAAGACUCACAAGUCUGGUCAGUCAUGUUUGGGACCAUUUAGCCCACGUUACUAUAAAGUUGAAAAUAACAUGAUAAAAAUAGAAAAUGUAUUUGAUGUAUUUAAAUAUCCCAGCAAGUGUUUACUUACAUGCUUUGUACAUUUGUAGAAACAUACACGUGAUAUGAGCAAAAAUAUGCAUGAUGAUUGGAAAUAUUUUACAUGCAUUCCUGUCUUGUGACCACUGAUUUGUAAACCAUUUUGUAAUCGUUUCAAUCAAUGUUCUUUAUAAAUACUUCUCAGUGCCAUAAGUAGGUCUUGUGAUCAUGGUGACAACUCACAUAUUAUAUGUAUCAAGACAUGCAUUUCGGGAUAAUCUGGGAUUAAUUGUUGAAUUAUGCUCAGCAAAAUGUGUAUACUUUUUAUUGAUAUCAUUCUUCCCACAUUUUGGGAGUGAUUCAGUUUGAACUAGAAUAAAUUGAGAUGAAA